UUCGUUCGAUUCUGACAGGCAGCUGAUUCAGAUUUUUUCGCUCUCGCGUUGGCAGCACGCCAAGAUCGGUCGUCAGGAUCCCAUAAAAUCGCAGAAGCAGAGAAUCUCGCGGACGUUUUUCGUUUGAGUUCGGUGUUCGAUUUUACGUACGUUGUUCCGGGGGUACCGUUCGAUUCGUGUCCGUACGGCACCGGGAAGGUUUCAGCACACUAUUCUGGCUAGAGCCCUGGUGAACCCAAACCCGAUGUUGACACGUGUUUGAGGUUAGGAUUCUCUUUCUUCGGGUUGGGAAGAGAAGAAAAAAAAAGGUCGAACAAACGCAGCAGGAUCGAAAAUAAGAACGUAAAAGGAGCGUUCGCGUGGUUAUAUAAAAAGUAUCUGGACGAGCGGAAGCGGAAAGGCAUCGCGUGACGCUUUACGAAAUGGCAACCGGAGAACGGAUACUGACGGUCGCCCUGCGUACCAACUACGACAUUCACCGGCAGGAGGAGGCCGAGGAGAAGUGGGAAUGUUUGCUAUACUUGCACGAUACCAAACCGAUUGACCCGGAGUGUCCUCCGACGAAGGCGGAGUUGGAAGCUGCAGGACUUUUGCCAGCCCAGCAGGACCGUCAGAAAACGCCUGAGGAACAAGGGAAAGAGAAGCCGGGAAGAUUGUUCGAUAAAUUGUUCAAGCUCGAUGUCGAUUAUCUGAAGAGCCUGGAUCCGAAGGAUUGGAAGAAUCAGGAUCACUAUGCCGUGCUUGGGCUGAAGGAUAUGAGAUUCGAAGCUACGGAGGACGACAUAAAGAGAGCGUACCGUAAGAUUGUGCUGAAGCACCAUCCGGAUAAACGAAAAGGCCAAGGGCAGGAUGUGAAAGCGGAUGAGGAUUACUUCCAUUGCAUCACGAUGGCCUACGAAACUUUGGGAACUUUGAAAAAUCGUCGUGCUUUCGAUUCUGUGGAUCCGGAAUUUGACGAUGCGCUGCCAACGCAGAGCGAAGUUAAAAAGGAUUUCUUCGAAGCGUUGAGAGAUGUUUUCAAGAAGAAUUCCCGCUGGAGUGAGUCCAGAAAGGCUGUUCCGCAGCUUGGCGAUGAGAAUACGGAGCGAUCAAAGGUGGAAGACUUUUACGAUUUUUGGUAUAACUUUUCGAGUUGGAGAGAAUUUAGCUAUUUGGACGAAGAGGACAAGGACAAGGGACAGGACCGUGACGAGCGGCGUUGGAUCGAGAAGCAGAACAAGGCGAUCAGAUUGCAGCGCAAGAAGGAGGAAUCCGCAAGAAUCCGUACUUUGGUUGAUUUGUCUUACAACAACGAUCCACGGGUAGUCAAGUUCAAGAAGGAGGACAAGGACCGAAAGUUGGCAGCUAAGCGGGCAAAGCAGGAUGCAUACCAGGCCCAGAAGGCAGAGGAAGACCGACUAGCGAAGGAGGCAGCGUUGGCAAAACAGAAGGCAGCUGAGGCAGAACAGAAACGCAUCGAAAACAUUCAAAUCGAGAAGGAAAAGAUGAAGCGUGCCUUAAAGAAGGAACGAAAGAUCCUUCGGGAUGCUGCCAAGGCAAAGGAUUACUUCACAAGUGACGACAAGGAACGAUUGAAGCAUCUGGAAGGCGUGGAGAAGCUCUGCGAAACGUUGAAGCUGCCAGAGCUACAGGAGUUCAACAAGGAGCUUGCUUCAGGUGGCCGCAAUGUCUUCGUCAAGGCUCUCGAAGAGCUGGAAAAGAAAUUGGAGGAGGAACGUCGUGCUCAAUCGUCUCAGAGCCAUUCGAUUCCGAACAAUGCCGGCCUGAAAAUUGUUGACCGUAAGGCCCUUUGGAGCCACGAUAAUGUCCAGCUGUUAAUCAAGGCCGUAAAUCUUUUCCCGGCCGGAACCAUCUCCCGCUGGGAGGUCAUUGCAAAUUAUCUCAACCAGCACGGAACCAAUUUGGGCGAUAUGAAAUUCUACGCUAAGGACAUCCUGAACAAGGCCAAGGAACUGCAGAGCGGUGACUUCUCCAAGAGCGAUCUCAAAACGGUCGUCAAUCAGCAAGCUUACGAAUCGUUCGAAAAAGCUAGGAAGGACCUGAAAAAGGUAGACAAGGCCGAUAUCAGUCAAAAGGACGAUGAAGCCCCAGCGAAAACGAACGGAACCCAAGAGGUAAAGAUGAAUGGUAUUCAUGAGCCGUCCGAGGAAAAGGAGAACAUCAGCAAACCACAAAAACCGGCCAAGAAAGAAGCUCAACCGGUGAAGGCAAAGGAAAGGGCAUCACCUGCGCCUGCGCCAGCGCCAGCACCAGAGGUAGCCCCUGUUCUGGAGUCCGCACCAGCAGCCAAGGAGAGCAAGAAGGACAAAAAGGAGAACAAAGUGUGGAGCAAGGAGGAACAGGCGCUCCUGGAGCAGGCUAUGAAGACUUACUCGGUUUCCACUCCGGAUCGGUGGGAUCGGAUAGCGGAGUGCAUCCCGAACAGGACGAAGAAGGAUUGCCUGCGACGAGUCAAGGAGCUGGUCGAUUUGGUCAAUGCGAAGAAGGAAGCCCAACAGAGUGUUGCCGGCAAAUAGUAGAAGUGAGCGAGCGACCGAGCAGGGAACGCGAGAGCGAAGACCAGCUAAUUAACUGCUCCGGGGCUAAACCUCAUCGAUUUGAUUCAUACUAUUACUACAAAACAUCUCUGCGAUUAUUAUCUUACGUUUUAGGUCUUGUAAAUAAUGUCUCUUAACAGGAAAAAUUAUUAAAAAGUGCUAGGAAGAACACUGAAA